GAUCCGCAGUGCACACAGCGGAUCCAUGGAAAGAGCCGAAGAUGUUGGCUCGGUCAUGUGAUCAGAUGUGUCCAUUUACAGCUGAUCACAUGGGACAUGUACACAGAUCAUCAGAGCACUGAUGAUCAGUGUGCCCUGAUGAUCUGUGUAGCCCCAGCAGUGCCACCUGUCAGUGUCCAUCAGUGCCAGCUCUCAGUACUCAUCCAUGCCACCUGCCAGUGCCCAUCAGUGCCACAUCAAUGCCACAUCAGUGCCCAUCUGAGCUGCUUUUCAGUGUCACCCAUCAGUGCCAGUCAGUGCCACCUAUCAAUGCCAGUCAGUGCCACCUAUCAGUGCCAGUCAGUGCCACCUAUCAGUGCCAGUCAG